CCUAAUUCAAUUUAAAAAUGAUAAAUUAAUAGCACAUUAACAGUGUCCGUUUUUCCAAGUAAGAGGUUUAGGGGGGAACAUUUGAAGGCAACAUCACCAUCGAUCAGUAUUGCACUUCCCCUCAAGCAUCCCCACACGACACAGAGGGCUCUCACAGGCGGCAGCAGUGUUGUAUGUGUGUGUGUGAGAGAGAGAGAGGUGCAAAGCAUCAGACAACAUGACCAUCCGAAACGUUCUCCGGGAUCAUGGACAGAGGUACCGACCACGGAUGGCUUGUCUCAAAAAGGCGGAGAAGGUGGUCCUUGAGAUGCAGGACCCCGCAACGGGAGUGAAGCUACAGCCUCAGAGACUGGUUAUCACCACAAUACCACAUGCUAUUACUGGUGAAGACAUAGUUGCAUGGUUAGCAGACAGAUUCCAAAUCGAUGCACAAGAGGCGAGGAGUUUUGGCUCCAUGCUGGUGGCGUUAGGAUACAUCUACCCUAUACAAGACCACAAGCGUUUAGUGGUCAAACCAGAUGCAUCCCUGUAUCGCUUCCAGACACCAUAUUUCUGGCCCACACAGCAGUGGCCUGUUGAGGAUACAGAUUAUGCAAUCUACCUGGCAAAAAGAAACAUACGUAAGAAAGGAAUCCUGGAGCUGCACGAGCAGGAGCAGUACAACCGUCUUCACAAGUGGAUGAAUCAUAAAUGGGAUUUUAUAGUGAUGCAAGCUAAAGAACAGUAUAGAGCUGCUAAGGAGAGAAAGAAACCGGACCGUGUGGUGUUUGACUGUCAGGAGAGAGCCUACUGGGUGGUUCACAGACCUCCGCCAGGGACAGUGAGUGCCAUGGACUAUGGACUGGAAAGACUAAUAGAUCCAAAUGCACACGAGGCAAAAACACCCGAUGACUACGAGAGGAUCAUGAUUUUCACCCAGCAGUCCAUCAUGCGUCCCAGAGUGAAAUCAUCAGUGUCCAUUGGCGCGUUGGUGAAAUACUGUGCCACUUAUAAAGGCCACGACCCUUUUCUGUCCAAGUGUCUUCCCAGCAACCCCUGGCUCACUGAUGACGUCACAUACUGGGCUUUGAACAUGCCCAAUGUGGAAAUACCCACUAAAAUGCGUGUGGAGAGGUGGACGUUCAGCUUUGGAGAGCUCCUUUCAGACCCACGAGGACGAGAUGACUUCAGACUGUUCCUAAAGAAAGAGUUCAGCGGUGAGAACUUGGCAUUCUGGGAAGGUUGUGAGGAUCUGAAGUGGGGCACUGCUGCGACAAUGAAAGAGAAAGCAGAGCAGAUCUACAAGACUUUCCUGGCACGCGGUGCUCCACGAUGGAUCAACAUCGAUGGAAAGACGAUGGAAAUCACAGUGAAAGGUCUGAAACACCCACACAGAUACGUCCUGGAUGCAGCCCAGACUCACAUCUACAUGCUCAUGAAGAAGGACUCAUAUGGCCGAUACCUAAAAUCUCCAGUGUUUAAGGAAACAAUGAAGAAGGCCGUAUGUCCCGAGGAACACAAGUUCAGUGACUCCCAGUUGGAGCAAAAUGCAAGGAACAGACGGCCCAGUCUCAGUCCCAUCAUCAUCCGGCAACAGGAGCAGGAGCAAAAGGCCAAGAUGGCCGCCAGUGCCCCUGUUGACAUCACACAGGUCAUGAGCAAACUCAGCAAACAGGGCAAAGAGGCGCCCCCUCGUCGCACCUCAGUUAAAAAUGACUAAUUUUAUUCGUCUAAUUGCUAUAAUAGUUACAUAUAAUACAUGUAAUACAUUAUAUGUUUAGACAGGAUAUAAUUUUAUAUAAUAAAUUAGAAAACAUCUAUAAUAUGUUGCUAUUAGACCUUUCAGUGAAGAGUCAUAGACAAGAGCCCAACUAAUUCAUCAGCGUGCUGAUAUAUCUGCUGAAAUUAGCUGUUUGCUGAUCUAUUGGUAUCAAUAUUGGUAAUGGCUGAUAAAUAAAAAUUUUAAAAUUUAAAGAGUUGAAGUUGUUGUGCCUCAUAACAACUUUAAUCAUGUUUGUGUAUUGAUGCUGCAUAGUUUUUUCACCAGAGAGCACUUUCGUGGAUAGAUUUUAGCACGUGUCAAAAUAUUAGAUUUUCAAAUCAACACAUAUCGGUCUUAAAAAUCAUAUAUCGAUCAGGCUUUAUAUACUUUAUAUUUCUGUGUGAGUCACAUUUUUGACAUCUUUGGAAAUGCAUGUUUCAAAAUCUGAACCAACCUUUUUUUUGCAACUCAUGUUAAUAAAUUACUACAAGAAGAAGACAAAUGGCCAUCUAUUGUCAUCGCUGACAUUUACGUCCAUGUAAGCUGUAAGUGUUGUCUGUUUUUUUGUUUGUCAUGAUACAUUUACUGUACUGUCCAUCUUUGUGCAUUCACUGUUCUUUAGUAUGUUUUGAGUUGUCUUUGUUAUCAGUCAUAAGGUAAUAAAACAUUCAUAAA